AUGGUAGUUCAUAAUUCUUGUCAAGGUAAUAAGGGAAAUAUUUGGUUGUUUUGGAAUAAAUGUAUUGCACAACCACAAGUUAUUUCAGUUUCAAGUCAAAUGAUAAUAGUUAGUGUUGGUGAUGCUUUAAUAUCUGGUGUUCAUGCUCAUAUUAAGGUUGUUCAAAAAAGGUUUUUGUGGUAUGAAAUGCAUCUUAUAAGUGAUCUUAACAGGCCAUGGAUUAUUCUUGGAGAUUUUAAUGCAGUAAUUUCUCAAGAUGAAAAAGUUGGUGGUAGAUUACCAAAUAGGACAAGAAUGUUGGAUUUUAAUGAGUGUAUAAAUCAAUGUGAACUUCUUCCAGCUCCAAAAAAUGGUCUUCAAUUCUCUUGGUCUAAUUGUCAACAUGGAAAUAAGAGAAUACUCUAUAACUUAGACAUAGUUUUAUUCAAUCAGAAGUGGCUUCAUUUGUAUGGUGAUUGGGGUUAUAAGGUAGGUAUGAGAAUUGUUUCUGACCAUGCUCCUUUGCUUGGUGGGUGUGCAAAAGAAAAAGUUAAAGCUGCAACAAUACAUUCUGAUAAUAAUCCUUUUGAUGAAACUUCCUUAAAUGACUUAGUUCAAGCUCAAAAUGAAUAUGCAAGUAGAGAAGUUCAACAAAAAACCUUGUUGAAACAGAAAUCCAGAGUUAAGUGGAUUAAAGAAGGGGCAGCCAAUACAAUUUUUUUUCAUACAAACAUGAAGAUCAGAACUGCAAAAAAUACAAUUAAUGAGUUAGAAGAUGAUGAUGGAAAUGUACUUGUAGAUCAAGAUGCAAUUGCUCAACAUUUGAUAAAUCAUUUUCAAAAGAAAUUUGAGUAUACUCCUGUGGAAGAAGCUGAUGAAUUGUUAGAUGUAAUUCCUACUGUUAUCAAUGAAGAUGAUCAGACAAUGUUGGAUGUCAUUUCUGAGGAAGCAGAGAUUAAGAAAAUAAUUUUUGAAAUGGAUCCAGAGAGUGCUCUUAGUCCUGAUGGAUUUUCAGCAAACCAAUUCAGACCAAUUAGUUUGAGUAAUGUAAUCUUCAAGAUAUUCACAAAAAUAAUUACAAGGAGAAUGAGUGACUUAAUGAAGAAGCUAAUUUCUCCUCAACAAGUAGCUUAUGUGAAAGGAAGAAGCAUUCAUGAGAAAGUUCUUCUUGCAUAUGAACUUGUCAAUGAAAUGAAGUUUAAAAGAAGAGGUGGUAAUGUAAGUAUUAAACUUGACAUAUCUCAGGCUUAUGACACAGGAGAUCCACUAUCUCCAAUUCUCUUUGUUCUUAUGGAGGAUAUGCUUAGUAGGAAUAUCUCAUCUCUGGUGGAAAAAGGAAACUUGCAGGCUAUGGUCUCAAAAAAAGGUAUUCAUCCUACACAUCUCUUUUUUGCAGAUGAUGUAUUCAUUUUCAGUAAUGGAGGAAGGAAAAGUUUAGCCAAUCUUCUCAAGUUACUAGAUACUUAUCAAGCAUGUUCUGGUCAAGUUAUCAACAAGCUCAAAAAUAAGUAUUUAGGUGUGUAUUUGGCUCCUGGGAAUAUCACUUCUGCAAUGAUAUGGUCUAUAGUUGAGAAAAUUCAGAAAAAACUUGAUGCAUGGAAGGGGAGAUUGCUAUCAUUUCAAGACAAGGAAGAAUGGGCUCAAUUUUUUGCUGCAAAGUUUAAGACAGAAAUGGGCAGUGGACAAGGAAUUGGAAACAAUCCUCAGUUUGGAAAGGAUUAA